UUCACGUUAGAAGACACGGUAAACAUGUUGAAAUUGUGUGUUAGAAACUAAUGAUCACUAUAACUUUAGUUUAGUACACUAACUAUUUUAAGUCAUUUCUCCACGCUCUUAAUUUUAAAUUCGAGUUCUUGGUUUGAGGUUUCAAACUUUGUUUUAAGAUGGUUUUUUACUUUACCAGCGCCGUUGUCACGCCGCCCUACACCAUCUACAUGGGUAAAGACAAAUAUGAAAGUAAGUGUCCAGUAAAUGAAGAUCUCAUAAAGCACGGCUGGCCAGAGGACAUAUGGUUUCAUGUGGAUAAGCUGUCCUCUGCCCAUGUGUACCUGAGAAUGCCCAAGGGUAAGACAAUUGAGGACAUACCCAAAGAAGUCCUGAUUGAUUGUGCACAGCUUGUGAAAAACAACAGCAUUCAAGGUUGCAAAAUGAACAACAUAAAUGUUGUUUACACACCAUGGAGCAACCUUAAGAAGACUGGAGACAUGGAUGUGGGUCAGAUCGGGUUUCAUCGACAGAAAGACGUAAAAAUCGUGGCCGUGGAGAAGAAAAUCAAUGAAAUCAUUAACCGGUUAGAAAAAACAAAAGAGGAGCGCUACCCUGAUCUGGCCGCAGAAAAAGAGUCUCGGGACAGGGAGGAGAGAAAUGAGAAGAAAGCUCAGAUUCAAGAACAGAAGAGAAGAGAGAAAGAAGAAAUGAAGAGGAAAAAAGAGAUGGAGGAACUGAGGAGUUAUUCUUCACUCAUGAAAAGUGAUAACAUGACAACAAAUGAGGAAGGAUAUGAUUCUGAUGACUUCAUGUAAAUGAGCUGUUAUAUUAGGCACACCAAGAUCUCCCAGUGUUCCCCAAAUAUGAUUGGUACAUAUCCGAAAGGACGAACCUGUGUACACUGGACCUGUCUGUACAUGCAUUUCCCAGCUUCCUGUGUGUUUGGCACGGUACAUGUGCCAGCAGCCUGCGGUGUUGGGACCAUCACUGUGCAACAGAACCAACCAGCACUUCACUGCACUGCGGUAGAAGAGGAGAAAAAAAGACACGAUUAGAGCAAAGGUUCCUGACACAACACUUGUGAUUGCAUCCUCUGAGUCAGGGUUGUUCUGAAAAGCUGCAUGUGGCCUCAAAGGUCUGCAUUGUUUCCCUGUGCAUUUGUCUUAGUUUAGACAUUUCCAUUGAUUUUCCAUGGAUUUGAUGAUUUUGAACUUUGUUAAUGUUUGGCUCUUUGAGGCUGUGGGAGGACUAUAUGGUGCUGAGGCCUUGGUGAGACUAGCUCAUAUUGUUUGAGUUUCAGUGUCUGGAUAAUGCUUUUCAGGGGUGGACACAUACAAUAAAAACAUA